AUGGUCUUCUUGCUAACGGUUACGACCCUAGGCCUUAACCAAUACCAGCCUGACCUGCCCCGGUCUCAUCAAGUUGAUCGUGAAUCUAUUCAAAUACGAGGUAAAAGAGAGCCAUUGCGAGUGGAUGAAAUAAUCAUUCAUACAUCAUCUGAUAACAAAUGCAAUAUGUUAAUACUCUCGACGCUGCUGUUAUCGUUUACGCUCAGUGGACAAUCACUAGGCCCAAAAGCUAUUCCGGAAGAGCUGCGUAAACGUGUCCGUGAAGCACAAACACUUAAUGAUUUGAAGUCUGUUGCAAAUCUUGCUUAUGCACCGCAUUUAAUCGAGCACAAGAACCAAAAGACACUGAGAUUGUCCCCGAGUCUACGUCUAUCUAAUGAACGGAGUAUGGUGAAGUUGCAAGGAGCUAGUGCGUUCGCUUUUUCAAUGAAUUCUGAACGUUCUGAUCAUCAACCCGACCUAAACGGUAUGUUUUUUUUGAUAAAACGCCGUUCUUGGAAUUCACACUGA